AUGCGCUCCUACCUCUCUCUCCUCCUCGUCGCUCUCAGCCUCAGCGCCGUAUCGGCUGCUCCUGCCCACCCUCACCCUCACCCUCACCCUCAUCCUCAACCUCAACCCAACCCUUACCCGCAGCCAAGCCGACCUCCCGCGUCACCCGCAACCGUCUACGAGACCACCUCCGGCUCCAUUGCUACGACCCUGACCACCCAGUCCGGCUCCACGCCCUACGUCAUUGUCCAGACGACCCCCUCGCAGUCUGCACCGCCCGCUGUCCAGACGCUCACCACCACGGAGGAGGGUAGCGUCCCCACGACUUACACGACGCAGACUGGCACGGGCUCCACGCCCAUCGUCGUCGUCAAGACCACACAGGUUCCCAAGACCACAACCGAAGAGGGCAACACGCCCACGACCUACCUCACUACGAGCAACUCGGUUCCUUACGUGGUUGUCAAGACCACACCCGUCCCUAAGACCACGACUGAGGAGGGCAACACGCCCACGACUUACCUCACGACGAGCAACUCGAGCCCUGUAGUUGUUGUCAAGACCACACCCGUCCCUAAGACCACGACUGAGGAGGGCAACACGCCCACGACUUACCUCACGACGAGCAACUCGAGCCCUGUAGUUGUUGUCAAGACCACACCCGUCCCUAAGACCACGACCGAGGAAGGCAAGACGCCCACGACCUACCUCACGACGAGCAACUCGAGCCCUGUCGUCGUUGUCAAGACCACACCCGUCCCCAAGGAGACCCCUACAACUACGGAGGAGGGCAGCACGCCCGCUACCUACACCACGACGAGCAACAGCCAGCCGCUUAUCGUGGUCAAGACGACUCCCGUGCCCAAGUCGACCCCCACGACCACGGAAGAGGGCAGCACACCCGCUACCUACACUACGACGAGCAACAGCCAGCCUCUGAUUGUAGUCAAGACGACUCCUGUUCCCAAAUCGACCCCUACGACGACGGAGGAGGGCAGCACGCCCGCUACUUACACCACGACGAGCAACAGCCAGCCGCUCAUCGUAGUGAAGACGACGCCUGUGCCCAAGUCGACCCCUACAACUACGGAGGAGGGCAGCACGCCGGCUACCUACACUACGACGAGCAACAGCCAGCCGCUCAUCGUAGUGAAGACGACGCCUGUGCCCAAGGAGACGCCAACGACGACUGAGGAAGGCAAGACCCCCACUACCUACCUCACCACCAGCGGCACAAAGCCCCUCAUCGUCGUCAAGACCACCCCAGUCCCUAAGGAGACGCCCACCACGACCGAGGAGGGCAGCACUCCCGCCAUUUACACCACAACGAGCGGCACCAACCCCCUCAUUGUCGUCAAGACAACGCCGGUUCCCAAGUCGACGCCCACCACGACCGAGGAAGGCAGCACGCCUGCAACUUACACGACCACGAGCGGCACUCAACCCCUCAUCGUCGUCGAGACUACGCCUGCGCCCUCUCCCUCCUCGUGCAGCACCUACGCCUCGACGACGCUCACCUCGACGAUCUCUUCGCUCUCUUCGGCCGUCACCCGCACCUCAAGCAACACGGCCGCCUGCACCGCCACGGUCGAGGUCGACAAGCCGUGCGAGGACCCCUCCGGCUGGAACUGGGCGCACUACCCCAACUCGCGCACCAACGACGAAGCUCACCUCCCUCCUCAGGACGUCAAGAGCCAGCAGCCCGACGACCAGGGCGUCACUCCGGAGAUUGGCUUCUACGUCGGUGGUAGUGCGACGCGCCAGCACAUGUUCUACCAGUCGAACAAGAGCCUCAGUGAACAGGGAGACGUCCUGAACCACCACACGUACCUCAGGGCACCCACAUCUGGCAGGUACACAUUCAAGCUCGAGAGGGGCGACGCUGAGGCUUACCUCUGGGCUGGAUCUAGCGCCUACUCUGGCUGGUCGAGCGCCAACAACCAGACUGGUUCCUCCUACUCGAGGUUCACGGGAUUCUCCAACGGCACGUACACCGCGCAGCUCAACGCCGGCGACUACUACCCGCUCCGUGUCGUACAGGUCAACGAGCGCAACGGUGGCCCCGGAGAGUUCAGGUUCAGUGCCACCCUCCCCAACGGCAGUCCCGUACCGGACGACGACUUCAGGCAGUACAACUGUCGCUACCAGUACGAGAGCAACAAGGGCCAGCCCUACCCCGCCUUUGGCAGCGAGUCGUAA